AGGUAGUCACCCUGAGCCAACGUGAGGGGAACGUUGUGUGUUGUCCGCUACCAAACCAAAAUAUCUGCCUCUAAGCUCGGCCAAUAUAUCUCAAAUCCUCGGCCAUCUUUGCACGGUUAAGGUUGUUCUCCCGGUGGAUUUUGAAGCUAUUCUGAUCGCUCGUCACGGCUGCGUCUAUCCGACACAUCCGACAUGGGCGACGAUUUGGAUGUGGACGCUCUCUUGGAAGAGACCUACAAUCGAGAGCAAACUGACAAAAAAGAGAACGGCUCGUCUGAUAAGCAUCGUGAAUCUUCUGAGCGGAAAAGAGACCGAUCCCGAUCUCGUGAUCGAAAAGACAAACAUGGAAGUCGAAGCCGCGAGAAGAGUCAUCGUCGUACUAGAAGUAAGUCUCGAGACCGAGACCGACGAAGCCGAACCAAGGACUCGUCCAAACGAAGUCGGAGCCGUGAUAGGAAGGAACGUAGAAGAUCGCGAUCCAAAGAGAGGAAUGAGCGUCGGCGAAGUAGGUCUCGAGAUCGCGAUCAGCGCCGUAAGAGAAGCCGGUCCCGAUCCAAAGACCGUGGACCGCCCCGGCCCAGUCCACGACGGGGUCUCGGUCGUGGUCGCCGAUCGAAGAGCAAGAGCCGUUCCCCCGAUGUUCCAUUGACCCCCGAGGAGCGAGACGCCCGAACCAUUUUCAUCAUGCAAUUGUCACAAAGAGUACGUUCUCGCGAUGUCGAGGAGUUCUUUUCGUCCGUGGGCAAAAUCCGGGACGUGAAACUGAUAAUAUGUAACAAAACCAGACGAUUCAAAGGCAUUGCAUAUGUGGAAUUCAAAGACUUGGAAUCCGUGCCACUGGCCAUUGGAUUGAAUGGACAAAAGCUCUUGGGUGUACCAGUUAUUGUUCAACCCUCACAAGCGGAAAAAAAUCGAACCGGGACUUACGCUGAGCCCGUUCGAGUCCGCGAUAAGGGGCCUAUGCGUUUGUAUGUCGGAUCAUUGCACUUUAACAUCACUGAAGAGAUGAUCAAAGGCAUUUUCGAACCAUUCGGCAAAAUUGCAUCCAUGCAAUUGAUCAUGGAUCCAGAAACUGGUCGAUCCAAAGGCUACGGAUUUCUCACGUACGCGGAAGCUGAAGAUGCCAAGAAGGCACUUGAACAAAUGAACGGUUUUGAACUGGCAGGUCGACCCAUGAAAGUGGGUCAUGUCACAGAAAGAACGGAUGCUCCAAUUGGCCCUUCUGGAUUAGAUUCAGAGGAGUUGGAUCGGGCCGGAAUAGACCUGGGAACCACCGGGAGAUUAGCACUCAUGGCUAAGUUAGCCGAAGGCACCGGUAUGAAACUUCCUCAGGCCGCUAACCAGGCCUUGAGUAGUGCUGCUGCAGCGGCUUCGGUUUCGAAUACCAUGGUCAGUCCAGCCAUGGCCCAACAGAGCCAAUUGGCGGCCACCAACCCUCCCAUUGCCACGCAAUGCUUCCUACUGGCCAACAUGUUCGACCCAAGCACAGAGACCAACCCAGGCUGGGACACUGAGGUCAGAGAUGACGUCAUUGAGGAGUGUAACAAGUAUGGAGGCGUAUUGCACAUCUAUGUGGACAAGACCUCUGCCGGAAAUGUAUACGUGAAAUGUCCCAAUGUGGCUUGCGCCGUCUCGGCUGUGAAUGCUCUUCACGGUCGAUGGUUUGCAGGGAAAGUCAUCACAGCCGCGUACGUCCCAUUGGCUAACUAUCAUAACUUAUUUCCGGAUACGGCAAAUUCCAUGACUCUCUUGGGUGGCCGAUGAGUGUUCAAUUCUUUAAGUGUGUAAAUACAUCUCUGAUUUUGCCGUCGUCGAGCCCAAUCCGGACCUUCAAAAUCGGAACCCAUUUCCAGCAUUAUUAUUGAUCUUUUCCAAACAAGAAAAUGUUCACGCUACUUUUGGAAAAUAAAAAUUGAGUCUGUUUAA